AUAGCGUCCCUCCGAGACUGCUAUUAAGAGCACGCUCCUCUGUACUUCUCUGCUGCAGAAGACAAGAGUGAUAUUGGUGUUACUACGGCGUGUUGUAAAUGUAUGAGAUUUUGCUCAUCCCGGCUUGGAAAUAAGAAUAGGGAAAGGAGAACAACUUGAAUAAGAAGCUACUAGAAGAGCGUGCAGAGUUCUGCAGCAGUUUAUAUUUAUUCUUACAUUUUGCCUUCUUCUAAUGGGAAAACAGAGACUGGCAUUUUUUAAACGGGCUUUUCCCAUAAUGGCAUUCUUGUAUUGUGUGGCCAGAGCUUGCACAAGAGGAAAGGAGGCUGCCGAAUUUAGUCACUGAUCUCUAUUAACGGUGGCCUAAGGCUAUGCUGAGGUUUAUAUCCCAUUUGUAUUGUUGCAGCUCAAAAGAAGAAUGUUCAGAGGAUGACAAGUGUAUUCUGAGUAGAUCUCUAGUGGAAGAGGAAGACCAACACAUGAAAUUGUCCCUCGGAAGCAGCGAAAUGGGCCUCUCAUCCCAUUUGCAGUCUUCCAAGGCAGGAACCACACGCAUCUUUACCAGCAAUACCCACAGUUCUGUGGUGUUACAGGGCUUUGACCAGCUUCGACUUGAGGGAUUGCUUUGUGAUGUGACCCUAAUGCCAGGUGACACAGAUGAUGCCUUCCCUGUGCAUAGAGUCAUGAUGGCCUCUGCUAGCGAUUACUUCAAGGCUAUGUUCACAGGUGGAAUGAAAGAACAAGACUUAAUGUGCAUUAAGCUUCAUGGUGUGAGCAAAGUCGGUUUAAGGAAAAUUAUUGAUUUUAUUUAUACUGCAAAGCUUUCUCUUAAUAUGGACAACCUUCAAGACACACUGGAAGCUGCCAGUUUUCUACAGAUCCUGCCUGUUUUGGACUUCUGCAAAGUAUUUCUCAUAUCUGGGGUCACUUUAGACAAUUGUGUCGAAGUUGGGCGGAUCGCCAACACCUACAAUCUGACAGAAGUGGAUAAAUAUGUUAACAGUUUCGUCUUGAAGAAUUUUCCUGCAUUGCUGAGCACGGGGGAGUUCUUGAAACUCCCUUUUGAGCGUCUUGCCUUUGUGCUUUCUAGUAAUAGCCUUAAGCAUUGCACUGAACUUGAGCUUUUUAAGGCUACCUGUCGCUGGCUACGCCUGGAAGAACCUCGGAUGGACUUUGCUGCAAAAUUAAUGAAGAACAUACGAUUUCCACUGAUGACACCACAGGAGCUCAUUAAUUAUGUGCAAACCGUGGAUUUCAUGAGAACUGACAAUACUUGUGUGAAUCUCCUUUUGGAAGCCAGCAAUUACCAAAUGAUGCCAUAUAUGCAGCCAGUUAUGCAGUCAGACAGGACUGCCAUUCGGUCUGACACCACUCAUUUGGUUACCCUAGGAGGAGUGCUGAGGCAGCAGCUGGUUGUCAGCAAGGAAUUGCGCAUGUAUGAUGAAAAGGCCCAUGAAUGGAAAUCGUUAGCCCCCAUGGAUGCCCCAAGGUACCAGCAUGGCAUUGCCGUCAUUGGAAAUUUCCUCUACGUCGUUGGUGGACAGAGUAAUUAUGACACAAAAGGAAAAACGGCAGUUGAUACAGUGUUUAGAUUUGAUCCUCGAUACAAUAAAUGGAUGCAAGUUGCAUCUUUAAAUGAAAAGCGCACCUUCUUCCACCUAAGUGCCCUCAAAGGAUAUCUGUAUGCAGUCGGUGGGCGAAAUGCAGCUGGUGAACUGCCUACAGUAGAAUGUUACAAUCCAAGAACAAAUGAGUGGACCUACGUUGCAAAAAUGAAUGAACCCCACUAUGGCCAUGCUGGAACUGUGUAUGGAGGUGUAAUGUACAUUUCAGGAGGAAUUACUCAUGAUACUUUCCAAAAGGAGCUCAUGUGCUUUGACCCUGAUACUGACAAAUGGAUCCAGAAGGCGCCGAUGACCACUGUCAGAGGUCUGCAUUGCAUGUGCACGGUGGGAGAAAGGCUCUAUGUCAUUGGUGGCAAUCACUUCAGAGGAACAAGUGAUUAUGAUGAUGUCCUAAGCUGUGAAUACUACUCACCUAUCCUUGACCAGUGGACCCCCAUUGCUGCCAUGUUAAGAGGGCAGAGUGAUGUUGGGGUUGCUGUCUUUGAAAAUAAAAUCUAUGUGGUUGGUGGGUAUUCCUGGAAUAAUCGUUGUAUGGUAGAAAUAGUGCAGAAAUAUGAUCCAGAUAAAGAUGAAUGGCAUAAGGUUUUUGAUCUCCCAGAGUCCCUGGGUGGCAUCCGGGCUUGCACACUCACGGUAUUUCCACCGGAAGAAACCACACCAUCACCUUCUAGAGAGUCCCCUCUUUCGGCACCCUAAGAUUCAUCUGUGCCACCAAGAUGCUGUAGUCCUAUCUUUGCAAUGUGUCCUGGAUUCUCUUCUUUUUCCACCCCACCCUUAAGUAGUGUAUGUUAGGAUUAGCCUCCAGUAAUUGAUAUGAAUAUUGGAAAAAAAGACAACAUUGAUGUUCUUUGUGCUGUUUGUUUGGCUUAGAGUGUUUAUAAAGUGGUAACAAAACCAUUCUGGAAGUGUAGCCCAUUGAAGCUGAUGUUUAACCUACAGAAAACAACAACAACAACAAGGUAUUGUCUAUAAAAAAUGUUUUUUAUAGGUGGAUUAUAGUAAACGUACAAGUGUGAUAACUAGGCUUCAAAGUACAAAGUUUUCCUUUCAUCCUUGACUGUAAGGUGUCAAAGGGAGGCAGCCUGCUCCAACAGGAAACAAUAGACAAAAGGUUGCCAACUCGCAUGAGCUACCUCCCUCUUCUCAUAAAGUAUUUUUGACAUAUCUGUCAACCUACCCAUCUGCGUGGGUGCAUCGAGAACAUAAAAAGUUUCUUAGACACACAGGAGAAAUAAUCACUGAAGUUCUUCAGUUUUAAUUUUAAAACACCAGCAUGACCCCUCUGCUUAUAAACAAGGGUUUGGAGUUUCUACGGUGUGUAUAAACACAUAUACAUAUAUAUCAAAUUCAAAAUUUUAAAAAUUAAGUGGCAUGGCAAAUCAAUGUGAAAAAAUUUUUAAGACAUGUUUUCCAAAAAGCAGCUUCUAUUAAGAUGGGAAUUCAGUAUGCAUAGACUGAGUGUACAUAUGUAGAAUCAUACUGAAUUUAGAUGGAUAAAGGCUAGAAAUUUUGAGCAAUUAAAUUUGUCACUUGACCUGAUUUUUCCUUCCAAAACUAAUCGACACUUCUCCUUUGCUGUUGAGGUAACUUACGUAUUAUACGUAUUCUGUGUACUCUCAGUUCAUAAGGUUAUUUAGCACAAAGUAAAGCAGCCUCACCUGGUGAGCUGCUUUUGCUCAGUGAAUUCAACUUCCAUGUUUUAUCUUUUUUGUUCAAUAAAAAACAUUUAAUGUCA